UUUUUUUUUUUUUUUCCUUUUUCUUUUUUAAACCUCCCCUCUUUUGAAUUGCUUCAUGUUACUAACCAUUCCUAAAUUGUAAGAGAGAUUCAUUCCCCCUCCUCUUCCACCACCACCAGCACCACUACCACCAUCACCUCCUCCUCCUCCUCCUCCCCUUCUCUUCUCCUUUUUGGCAGCACCAGGACGUCCGGUGUGGUGGUGGCAGCGAGCAGCAAAAGCAGCAAGAGCUCGUUUUGAAUUCCCCCCCUUCCAAGGUGCUUUGGAGAGACUGGUUUCAGGCUGAGCAGCAGAAGUCACGAUGAGUGCACAAGGUGAGGGACCCGGUCAGCCUUCCACUGCUGCCCAGGAGCAACCUGCAACCGCAGAGCCUCAGAAGAGAGGACGAGGCAGACCCAGGAAGCAACCACAAGAACCAACUGGUGAACCAUCUCCUAAAAGACCAAGAGGAAGACCCAAAGGAAGCAAAAACAAGAGUCCCUCUAAAGCAGCUCAGAAGAAAGCAGAAGCCACUGGUGAAAAGCGACCAAGAGGCCGGCCCAGAAAAUGGCCUCAACAAGUGGUUCAAAAGAAGCCUGCUCAGGAAGAGACUGAAGAAACAUCCUCACAAGAGUCUGCAGAGGAAGACUAGGAGACCGCACCAUGCAAUUUCUACCUCAUCAGCAGUUGGGUCUUUUGAAGGGAGAAGACACUGCCUUGACCACUUAUUUUCUAUUGCCAUGGUCUUUCCACUUUUGCCUGGGGAAAAAGAAUAUCGCAUAACCUUAAAAAGGAUUUGACUAAUCAUCUUCUUUGUAAUCCCUUCACAGUCCCAGGUUUAGUGAAAAACUGCUGUAACACAAAGGGGACACAGAUUAACGAUGCAACCUUUAAUUACCGUUUUCUUUUUUCUUAACCUACUAAUAGUUUGUUUGAGCUGCUAAGUAAGGGGGAAUGGGUGAAGAAGAGCUCAGAAUCAGGUUUAUGUCAUUCACUGCACUGCAUAUAAACAAGAAACUUGUAACAUAGUCAUUAUAAUGGGCAUUGAAAUAGGAAAGGCUGAAUGUGUAACACUACAGCCUUGCAACACUUCAGCAACCCACUCCCUACUUAGUGAACUCCCUGUUUUAGAACACCAAAGAUAAGGGAUAGAUACUAUUGUUUUUUGGGUUUUUUGUUGGGUUUUUUUUGGUGUUUUUUUUUGUAACCCUUAGACUUGUACUUGAUUUUUAAUUUUUUUUUUAAGACUUACUGUUAUUUCAGGAAAAAAAAAAUUGAAAGCUGAUCUUUCACUUCAUUCAGCUGGUAACCAGAAGAAAGAAAUCAACAUGAAAAAGGUACUUUCAUUUUGCAAAAGGGAAGAAAGACAGAGAUAGGUUGUAUAGUUAUAGAUACAAACAUAUCAGCAGAAGCAGUAGUAAACAAAAUGAACCUCCCUCAUCUUCUGGAGGAUAGGAAGCCAGACAGAGUUGGCUUUCUGUAGAGCCAGGCAUUUUCUAUGGGAAAAAAGUGACACCAAACACCCUGACGCCAUCAAUGACCAAGUCUUUAGCAAGAAAAGUGUUUUAAAACAUGCAGAAAGGUACCUCAAAAUUAAACAUAAAUUUAUCUGAACAAAAAUAAUCCAUAUGUUUUGUUUAGUUUUGACUAAUUCCAGUUGUCCUGUACCAGUAUUUCAAAAUGAACAGAAUCUCUCCUCAUUACUCAUCGGUCAUGAUGUAAGAACCAAAACACGUACCUCAGCUAAGCUCGUGCAUUACUUUAAGCAAUGUUUUUUGACAUAGGAUGGUUCACUGAGCACCUCUGUGCCAGUGGCAUUUCUCCAUCUUUUCAUUCAAAGCAGCACUUUUAGCACCAGAUGCAAUAUUACCCCACUAUUCAAUACUACCUCUGAUUUUUUACAAAUAACUCAACAGACUGAUAAAUACAUGCUGCUAUACACAUUCAAUGCAGGAAAUUUUUGCUGGGUAGAUAAUCAUUAAUAUCUGCAUUUUCCCCUUAUUUCUAUUUCAACACUUAAUUACAGUUAAGGAAGCAAUAUCUUUAUUGUGUUUCAGCAUGAAUAUGUAUUUUUCUUUCUCUUGGUUUAUUUUGGUUUGGUUUUUUUUUAAUGUACUUACCUAUUCUCUGCUAGACUUCUGUGUAAUGUACUGUUAACUUGAAUAUAUUUUUGUACUGAAUUGCUGAUAGGUUUGUGAGGAUAAUUUUCUUCAAUGACACUACAUGACAUAGAAAAAAAUUUAACUGUAAUGUUUAAAUAUUACUGUCCAAGUUUGUACCUCAAGUGAAUUGUUUAAAGAAAUGGACUAAUUGAUUGACAAAGACCUACCUCCAGACUUUAAAUGGAAUGAACUUCUUACUUUCAGCAUUAGUUUUGAGACGUUUGAAACAGUUAGGACUGCAACUAAAUCCCUAAUUCAAAACUAUUUUUGUAAAAUAACUUGUGGAAAAAGAACACAUUUUAAAUUACUUUCGUAUUAAAAAAAAAAAAAAAAGAACAAAAAAAGCCUUCAAAGAAACUUGAAGCUUUGUAGGUGGGAAGCAACAAGCUCAGCUUUUGCAUAAUGCAAUCACAAAUAUGUGUUUAAAAAAAUAAUUAGUAGAUUGUAAGAAAAUACUUGACAAGUAUUUUCGUGUAUUUUACACAAAUGUGAUUUUGUAAUAUGUUUCAGCCAGAUUUAUUUUAAAUGCUUCUUAUGUAGAGGUUUUUAUUCUCCUCUCUCUCACUUUCAUUGUUCUUUCUCCUUUUCUCUCUCUCCUCGUAUUUUGUUUUCUCUAUCUCUGUUUUAUUUCCCUUCUUCCUCUCUUUCCUAGUCAGUACUUUGUACCAUUAUAUUAAUGACUGGGCCAGGGGUAGUUUCUCAGGAAGGCAUCUGUUGGUAUGGGUUAAGUACCGAGCCAAAUGCAGUUAAAGAUUACUUACUGGCUUCUUCCAAGAGGCAGUGUCAAGAAAUGUGGACCUCCUCGAAAGCCUGCAGAGGGUUCAGUGACAGAAAUUGCUGAGAAAGAGCUGAUCGGAGUAUUGCAACUAGACACGUUCGUUUUAAAUGAAAGAGAACUAAUCCUAGCUGUACAGUAGCUGUAACAGGCCAAAUCCAUGGUCACUUGAAGGCAGUAGAAGGAAUUCUGCUGAAUUCAAGGGCAUCAAAUCAAGCCUUAGCAAGUCCUUUUUGGGGUUUGGGGUUUGUUUUUAUCAUUUUUUUUAAAUCACAGUAUUCAGUGGACAACACAGAAAUAAUUGCUGGGUAUGUGUCACACUUUGACCUCUGAGAGCGACUUACCACUCUGAUGAGCUGAAUCUUGUAUUUUCUAUGUAAUUGUAGUACAAUCAAAACACAUUACUACCUCUUAGGGCCUACUAUACCUCAUUUUUUCAGACUGAAAAAUAGCAUGUGGUCAUUGAUCCAGCAAGAACAUCAUAAAAUUUUUUAUAUAUAUAGUUUAUUUUUGUGGGAGAUAAAUUUUAUACGACUGUUCUUUGCUGUCAUUGGUCACUGCUAACUAAGACUGGACAUCUAACUCUUCUACCAUUUCUGCAAGAGAGGUGUGUUUGCAGGAAAAAAAAAAAGGCUUCAAGAUGUUUAACUACAGUUUACUUCUUCUUGUGAGUGUCUUCUAACUUUUUGCUCUGUUCUUCAUGUAGAGAUGCUGUCUAUGAUUGUACUUCAAAUCGCUUGCUUGUUGAAAAUGUUCCUUUAAUGGUUUAUCACAGUCUGUUCAGCACAAUAAACAUACUAGCCUCUGUGAUCCCCA